UAGGAGGGUACAUAGACAAAUAUCACAGAUACAUCUAGUGAUGAGGAGCUGCGUCAACCUCAAAACAUGGAUUCUUCAGUUGCUCAGCUUGUUCAGUGUUGUCUCCUUAUCCCAUGGAAGACCAACUGCCCAGUUUCGAGUAAAAGCGGUUAAUCUAGGCGGGUGGUUGGUGACUGAAGGUUGGAUCAAACCUUCUCUCUUCGAUGGCAUUCCAAAUAAAGACUUCUUGGAUGGAACUGCUCUUCAGUUCAAGUCUGUGACAACAGGCAAAUAUCUUUGUGCAGAGUCCGGAGGAGGAACCAUCAUAGUUGCAAAUCGCACUUCUGCUUCCGGUUGGGAAACAUUUAGAUUGUGGAGGCUAGACGAGAACACUUUCAGAUUCAGGGUGUUCAACAAACAGUUUGUGGGGUUAGAUGGGGUUAAAGUCGUUGCUGUUUCCAAUAUCUCCACUAAUUCUUCCACGUUUAAUGUUGUAAAGGAAAGUGCUAAUUCGAAUCGUGUUCGAAUCAGAGCUUCCAACGGACACUUCCUGCAGGCAAAGACAGAGGAUGUGGUGAGUGCUGAUGCAUCAACGGUGAACAGUUGGGGAGAUGAUGAUCCAUCUGUUUUUGUAAUGACAAUUGCUGGAAUGAUGGAAGGGGACUUCCAACUCACAAAUGGCUUUGGUCCCACUAAAGCUCCCCAAGUUAUGAAGGAACAUUGGAACACUUUUAUUGUGGAAGAUGAUUUCAGAUUCAUAAGCAGUAAUUUACUUACUGCUGUUAGAAUUCCAGUUGGUUGGUGGAUAGCAAGUGAUCCAAACCCACCACCACCAUAUGUUGGAGGUUCCUUGCAAGCACUAGACAAUGCCUUUUUGUGGUCAGAGAAGUUUGGAUUGAAAAUCAUCCUUGAUCUUCAUGCUGUACCCGGUUCCCAAAAUGGUUUUGAGCACAGUGGUUCAAGAGAUGGUUCACAAGAAUGGGGAAAAAGUGAUGAAACAAUUCAACAAACAGUUGGUGUGAUAGAGUUUCUCACCGCAAGGUAUGCAAAAAGCCCAAGCCUUUAUGCAGUUGAGCUAAUAAAUGAGCCUUUGUCACCUGGUGUGACACUAGAGACCUUGAACAAGUACUAUAAGGCUGGUUAUGAAGCAGUGCGCAAGCACUCUUCCACAGCUUAUGUUGUGUUAUCAAAUAGGCUUGGACCUGCAGAUCCCACAGAACUCUUCCCUCUUGCAAAAGGUUUUGAGCUAUCUGUGAUUGAUGUUCACUACUACAACCUCUUCCAAGAUGUAUUCGAUGCCAUGACUGUGCAACAGAACAUUGAUUUCAUCUACAACAAUCGCUCAUCACAGCUCGCUACUGUUACAACCUCAAAAGGCCCUCUUACUUUUGUUGGUGAAUGGGUUGCGGAAUGGAAAGUCAAAGGAGCUGCAGAAGAAGAUUAUCAAAGAUUCGGCAGAGCUCAAUUAGAUGUUUAUGGGCGUCUAGCCACAUUUGGGUGGGCCUAUUGGGGUUUCAAAAAUGUUAACAACCACUGGAGUUUAGAGUGGAUGAUCAAGAACGGUUAUAUCAAACUAUAAAAACUAAAUACAAGUGAUCAAACAAUUUCACUUC